AUGGUGAUCGCCGGCGUUCGCACAGUGUCUCGGAAGCUUCUGCUGCUCCCCCCAAGAGGCUCCGGUUGCUACGACCCCGUCCCCGACGCCCGGGAUUCGUUAGACGCCGGCGGGUCCCGCGUGGCGCUGGUUGCUAUGGUGAUCGCGGCCACCGGCCCAGCCAGAACAGGCCGCGCGGCUUCUGGAGCUUUUGCAGCCUCCGCGGGACACUCUGGAAGGAUGAGGUCCUCGCUGACGCCUUUGGGGCCGCCUGUGAGCCGGGACCGCAUCAUCACCAGCUUCCCGAAGUGGUACACGCCUGAGGCCUGCCUGCAGCUCAAGGAGCACUUCCAUGGGCAGGUCAGCACCACCUGCCAGCGCAGGAACACUGGGACUGUGGGGCUGCGACUCUCCAAGGUGGUUGUCGUUGGCGAUCUCUACGUGGGCAAGACCAGCCUCAUCCACAGGUUUUGCAAGAAUGUCUUUGACCGUCACUACAAGGCCACCAUCGGGGUGGACUUUGAAAUCGAGCGCUUCGAGAUCGCUGGGAUUCCCUACAGCCUGCAGAUCUGGGACACAGCAGGGCAGGAGAAGUUCAAGUGCAUUGCAUCUGCCUACUACCGGGGUGCUCAGGUGAUCAUCACAGCCUUUGACCUCACUGACGUGCAGACUCUGGGGCACACCAGGCAGUGGCUGGAGGAUGCAUUAAGGGAGAAUGAGCCGGGCUCCUGCUUCGUGUUCCUCGUGGGAACCAAGAAGGACCUUCUGUCAGGGGCUGCAUGUGAGCAGGCAGAAGUGGAGGCUGUGCGUCUGGCCAACGAGAUGCAGGCCGAGUACUGGUCGGUGUCCGCUAAGACAGGGGAGAACGUGAAGGCGUUCUUCAGCCGCGUAGCCGCCCUGGCAUUCGAGCAGUCGGUUCUACAGGACUUGGAGAGGAGGAGCGGCGCCCGGCUCCAGGUCGGCGAUGGAGACCUCAUCCGAAUGGAGGGAAGUCCACCCGAGACCCAGGAGAGCACAACAUCCUCCAGCCUGGGUUGCUGUUAGCUGGGGCCUGC